AUGGUGAGGGUUGGUGAAGCAUUGAGUGUAUCAACCUCAUCAUCUUCAUCUCUCGACGAAGGUGAGUCUGAAGAGCUUCAAAAGAUGUCCCUAGAACCACCGAGAGCUAAGCUAAAGAAACGUCUCUCGAAGCAACUCUCGAUGCUGGAGACCAAAAGAGACAAGGCAUGGGAGCGUCGCCGUCGCCAGAUGCUCCAUCACCUCGAGAUGAAGCAAAUAAACGAAGCUGGAGAUAUUAAUGACUUAACGGACGAGGACUUGAGCGAGCUCAAAGGUUCUAUCGAGUUAGGGUUUGGUUUUAAAGAGGAGCAAGGACAACAGCUUACAACUACCUUGCCUGCUUUGGACCUUUACUUCGCUGUGAACCGUCAGAUCUCUCCGGUUUCCACCCCAAGCAGCGGUGGAUCUUCAUCCUCUCGGCUUACUUCCCUUGGAGAACGGUCCUCCUCUUUUGGUAGUCAUAUGAGCGACUCAGAUGGAUUGAGAGUUAUGUCUCCAGGAGAUAAUCCCCAACAGGUUAAAACGAGGCUGAGGCAUUGGGCACAAGCUGUUGCAUGUUCUGUGAUACAAUAUAAUUAAAGCUGAGAAGUAAAGUGA